AUGGGGCCCCCGGGCAAUAGGGGAUCAUAGGGCCCCUGUGUCCUUGCCCAAACUCAAAAAAGACUAUGAAAAAGGUACCAGGGGCAUCUUAUGGGGCCCCCUACUGACCCCAGGCCCUCGGGAAGUGCCCGAGUGCUCAAAUGGUCAGUCUGCCCCUGCUACCUAUGGUAUAUGGCUAAAAUUAUGUGGACGCUCCUGAGGUGUUCCCAGUGAAGGGUACUCUUCUUAUUACAGCAUAUAAAGACAUUUUAGAAAAAUAUGCUCUUCUAACCUUGUG